UAGAGAUAAGUAAACAUUCUGCUUUUCCACUCGAAUCCACUCCGUUUUGCGUGCUGCGUUUUAGCAAUAUCCGAAAGCUUCAACAAUUACUGUUGUCAACGUGUGACUGCUCAUAUUGACAUAACCCCCACCCCUUGUUUCCGAGGAAACAAACCGAAAGUGCGCUGGUUUCCUGAAAGUAACGUCGGCAAAAAAAAAAAAUACUAGAAAGAAACUAUACAUAUGGGACUUAACGGUGAGAAAUUAACCAUAACGUUUCUAUCAAUAUUUUGAUUGAAAUUUUGAAUGCUUAAGGAAAUUACCAGAAUGAUUCAAAGUGUCAUUUUUACGGCACUAGUACUCACUAUUCAUGUGGAGGUAAUUAAAGGUGGAUUAGAAUCCAAUCAGUUAGACGUGUGUUAUCCCGGCGACAACAAGAUGGAAAAUGGAACUAGAAAGUCUGACAAGAUGUGUUAUGUGAAAAUUGACGAGUUAAACAGACAAUGUCUUCAUGACUUUAUGGCACAUUUUGAGAUGAAAAUGCAUGCAAAUGUAAAAACUUCUCGACAACAUCUGAAAAAGGAAUUGACACAUAUUGCGUCUGAAUUAAAGAAUUAUAUAGAUGAGACUAAAUAUGAAUCAAUCAAACAAAGUGAAACAGUUCAGAAAAACAUUGACAAGUUACAGAAAAUAUUUGUAAUGGAGAUAGAAAAAGUUCAAAAUGAAAUGAUAAAGUCUAAACAUGAGUACAGUAAACUUGUACAUCAGCUGGAAUCACAGAUGAAAGAAAACCUCAACACUCAAAAUUUGUUCGCACAGAAAAUGUUACAAGCUCAAAACAAGUUGACCAGCUUCAUGAAUCAGUCUAAAUUUGAAUCAGAUGAACUGAUCAACGCGACAAAGACAGACAUAAGAGGAGAUAUUACAAAGAUAAAAGGAAUCAUUGAUAGCUUGAGAGACUUGAGUGAUCAGACCAGGAAUAAUUUAAAUGGUCUUAUUCAGGAACUAAAAAGAGACGUGCAAGAAAACGUAGCCAUGCUACAAAAAUACAUUGCAAACGAAGUGAGAAAUUCAAGAUCUAACAUCAACUAUGAAAUUAAAAAUCACAUUUCAGAAUACGGUUUUAUGAUUUGGACUGUGUGUGCAAUACAAGUGAUAUUAGUAUUCUUUUGCUGUUGGAAAAGAUCUAGCAAAUCUACAAAUCGGCAAAAAGAACUGGAGUCUGAAACACCUGAACUGAAUAUGGAAAAUUCGGUGGCUGUUGUUAGUUUUACUGAGGAGAAUAAAGAGCUUCAUCUAACUAUUGCUCGGACUGUGGCAUCAGCCUUUCCAAUCCAUCCUACCUAUGUUGGUGGAUUGAACAAUAUAUCAAGUAUUGAACUUAAUUCAAAGGUCUGUCUUGUUUUUGUGGAUAAGAAUGAAAGGAAUAUAAUUUUGGAAACCGAUGUGGACAUUUCGAAUACACGUUCCAAUUUCGUAGAAGGGCAAGUAAAGAGAGGAAGGACACACGUAAUAGUAGUUUAUUGUCAGCAUGAAGGCUCUCGAGACUUGACUACGCUGUAUAAUAGAAAUCUUGGUAACAUCAAACAGCAUGCAACACUGAGGCAGUUACAGAGACAAAACCGUGUUCUGACCAUUGAUAAAGAGUUCUCUCCCUACCAAACCGACUAUCUUAGAAUGUUGUUGAACGAAACCUUGGUGGAAUAACUUGUCAUUUUUACAACUGUCAUAGCAAUAGCAUAAACUGAAAUAUUUCCAGAUGUAAGUAGAUGAAGGAAGGGAGGAAAAUGCAGUUUUUUUCUAAUAUCGGUCAUGCUCUACAGGGAUCAAGGCCUCUUUGUGUUACCAACAAUUUCAACGUAACUUUUCUAUGUUAAACAAACAACAACUCGGUAUGUCAAACAUACACCUUUAGUUUUGGAUGCUUACAAUAGCUCGAGUUUGUCAAAAUAAACAGUAUAAUUGAUUUUUUAGCUCACCUGAGCUGAAAGCUCAAGUGAGCUAUUCUGAUCACAUUUUGUCUGUCUGUCCGUCCGUCUGUCCGUCUGUCCGUAAACUUUUCACAUUUUCAACAUCUUCUCAAGAACUACUGGGCCAAUUUCAACCAAACUUGGCACAAAUCAUCCUUAGGCAAAGGGGAUUCAAAGUUGUGAAAAUUAAGGGCCACACUCGUUUUCAAAGGAGAUAAUUAGAAAUUAAUGAAAAAUUUCGAGAAAUUUUCAAAAAUCUUCUUCUCAAGAACCAGAAAGCCAGGAAAGCUGAAACUUGUGUGGAAGCAUCCUCAGGUAGUGUAGAUUCAAAGUUGUGAAAUUCAUGACCCCCGGGGGUAAGGUGGGGACA